AUGGCUGAAAGCCCCUCCUGGUCUUGCAUCGGCAGCUCAAACUACGCGCCGAACAGCACCUUCGGCCAUAACCUGCAGCGAGCGCUGUCCUCUCUGGUGGCCAACGUUUCCGUCACUGACUUUUACAAGGCCACCGUGGGCAACAGCCCUGACCAAGCCAUUGCCGCCUUCCAAUGUCGAGGUGACAUCGAUGCUGAAGCUUGCCAGCUCUGUGUCUCUGACGCUGCCUCACAGGUCACCCUGCGGUGCCCCAGCAACAGAUCGGCUGUUAUUAUCUUCCCAUUCUGCAUCGUCUACUUCCAUGACGCCAACUUCACCACGCCUCAAGCAUUUUUGCAUGUAUCCUUCCGGACCCCUUGGGCCAUCUUUGACCCCCAAAGCUUCAAGCCCAUGCUCACCCUCUUCUUCUACAAGCUGAUUGUUUCCGCCACCACCAACCCCUCGGGCCGCUUGUUCUGGGGCGACAAGUUCAAGUACACUCAAAACUUGACUAUCUAUGGCAUCGUUCAGUGCGUUCAGUCCAUGUCCCCAGGGUGCUGCAGAUCUUGCUUAGAGAUAGCCUUUGGCCAAAUGCUCAGGGAUGCUGGCGGUUCAACGGGUGGUUUAGUUUACCAAAACAUCGAGUGCCUUCUAAGAUUCAGAACCUUUCCCUUUUUCGUCCCCCCACCCCACAAGAUUGCUCCUAGCAGCGCCAUUUCUGUCUCAACUAAUUGCUUCCCACCAGCAUCCAGCAACAAGGUUGGCAGCCCCUUUCACAGAAACCUCAAGGCUUUGCUCCCUCAUCUGAUAAUCUAUGCACCUGUUUCUGGCUUCUAUGGCGAGACCGUUGGUGUCGGCUCCAGCCAAGUCUACGGUCAAGCCUUGUGCCGAGGCGACAUCCCUGAUGACGUUUGCUGGGAGUGCACUGCCCUGGCUUCUUCCAAAAUCCAAGAAUUAUGCCCUAAUAGUAGACGGGCAAUCAUAUGGCUCGACCACUGCCAGUUGCGCUAUAACUUCGCCGGCAUGGUAGACGUCCAUGACAGGGCAUGCCAACCAGCGGCAGACAAUGCAUCAAAUCCUCCGAACUUCUAUCAGAGUUUGAGAAUCCUUGUAGCCAACCUGACCUCGCUGGUGACGCAGAGCUCUCCUAAUCGCUUCUUCGCUACGGGAGUCUCUGUCCUUGAGGAAGCAAAGAGGAUCUACGCUCUGGCGCAGUGCGUCAAAGAUAUACCUGCGGACCAAUGUGGGUGGUGCUUGCAGAAUGCCAGCUCCGAUAUUGCAGGAUGCUUUAAUGGAAAGCAAAGCGGUCGCAUCCUCAGGGGAAGCUGCAACUUGGCUUUUGGAGUGCGGCCUUUCUUCUCCAGCGAUCCUACUGUGACAUCACUUCCGGAGCCCAGUCGCGGUGAGUCCACUUCGUGA